GCUGGCGACUUUUCCUCAACUUCCAUUUUUCACCACUUCCUCCCUUCUCGCUUUAGUUGGGCCUAUUCAAGCCACUUUGCUGCAAUUCGGCGCAUCCGCACGCGUCCGCUGUCCACUCCACCUGCUCCGUGCGUUCAGCCGGCUCAAGAAUGAGACGAGUUGACCCGCUGUUGCAUCUGGUGCCUGUCCAUGGUGCUGAACCGGCUUCGUGAGUCUUUUUUUUUAUUUUCUUCCUCCGGCUCCAGGCGUGAAAUCGUCCGAGUUGUGCGUGAUCCUAGAAAUCCAACUGGACGCCCGAACUGGAUGGACGACGCCAGGGACUUCUUAGGAUAUCAUAUGGUUAUAUGAUUAUUUGAUUUUCUCAUGCAAGGACGUUUGUCGGAUCGCAGCGAAGAAAUUUAAACUUGGCCCAAACACCAAAUGGUAGUUUGAGGAGCACCGCCCCACGGGUCAAGACGAUGGAGGCGUCCGGAAACGGCUCCAGUUUCGGCAUCGACUCGCUGCUCUCCCACAGGCCCGGAAGCCCGCUGUCCAAAGGGGACGGCCUGGCGGGGGAGUGCCGCUCGCCUCUGGAGUUUAGCCCGAGAUCCGACGUGGAGAGCGGCUGCUCGUCGCCGCCCUCACCCAGGCGGGAGUGCGCCGACGAGCUGGCCCCGAGGUCCGGACACGGCGUCGGCCUGCCGCCUCACCUGCAGCACGGCCCCGGGAUCUCGGCGGGCCCCCAGCAGAGGACCAUGACCUCGUCCUUCCUCAUCAGAGACAUUCUGGCGGACUGUAAGCCGCUGGCCGCCUGCGCGCCUUACUCCAGUAACGGACAACCCACGCAGGAGGCCGGCAGACUGGCCGCCAAGAUUGCGGACGACUUCAUGGAGAAAAUCCACAGCAAUUCGUCGUCGGACAGCGAAUAUAAAGUGAAAGAGGAGGGGGACAGGGAGAUCUCCAGCAGCAGAGACAGCCCCCAAGUCCGGCUCAAGAAACCCCGAAAAGCCCGCACGGCCUUCACCGACCACCAACUGGCGCAACUGGAGCGCAGCUUUGAGCGCCAAAAGUAUCUGAGCGUGCAGGACCGGAUGGAACUGGCCGCCUCCCUCAACCUUACCGACACGCAAGUCAAGACCUGGUACCAGAACCGAAGGACCAAAUGGAAGCGUCAGACGGCGGUGGGACUGGAACUGUUGGCGGAGGCGGGGAACUACUCAGCCCUGCAAAGGAUGUUCCCGUCACCCUACUUCUACCCACAGAGCCUAGUGUCCAACCUGGACCCGGGGGCGGCGCUCUACCUGUACAGGGGCCCCUCGGCGCCGCCGCCAAGCCUGCAGAGGCCCCUGAUGCCCCGCAUCUUGCUGCACGGCCUGCAGGGUGGCAGCGAGCCGCCGCCGCCGCCACCCCCGCCGCCGCCGCCUCUGCCCCCAAUGUCGGCUGUGCUCUCCCGGCCGACCCAGCAGCGGUGAGCCGGAGUUGCGGACCGAAAGCAAAUUAACACACGCACGCGAAUACAAAGUCGAAAGAAGAGCGAACUCGUUCGGAGCUUUGGCGCCGUGAAUCGGAGACGUGGAGUGGAAGGAACUUUGCACCCGGUGGUGGAAGCAUCUCUUCUAUUUGGGGGGACUAAUUUAAGGCUUAUUUAUAUUUCGGUGUAAAUUAAAGGCUCUAACUUAUGUAUUUAUUGGAUUUUUUUCUGUAUUUUUAAACUAUGUUCGCAACGUUUUACAUGCUGAUUCUUUCGUUCUACUAAAUGCCUCCCUCGCCUCUGUUGUUGUUGCUGUUGAUGCUUUUUAAAAAUCAUAAUUUGGUUCUUAUCAUUGCGACGACCCGGACGGAGUGCAUCCAUCUAUCAUUAUAAUUUUAAUAUUUUCGUUCUUGGAAAUUAUUCAUUUGACUCGAUCUGUAAAAAAAAAUGUAAAUAAGAAUAUUUUACAUGGCAUUGGACAGAGCCUUUUUUUCCUUUUUCUUCAAUCGGUACAGCGUGUCCGAAUAUAAUUUGCAGGUGGUAAAUUCGGCAUAAAUCAAUAUUUCGAGAUGCUUUCUUUUAUAGGUGGGAUUUUAGCUGAAAGUCAAAUGCCAAUUAAUUUAUUUACAAUUUUUGCCUAUGACACGCUUUCCUCGUAUUAUUAUUUUUAUUUAUUAUUAUUAUUAUUAUAAUUGUUAUUAUUUUUAAAUUAGCACUUCCAACAACUGAGGGCCCCCAAAGGAUGGGAGCCGGGUGCACUGCUAGUACAAGCAGCCUGUUGAUUGCUUGAGCUGUAUUUCAACAGACAUUGUGAUUUGUUUUUUUCAUUUUUAUUUUUUUAAUAUUAGUUCAUAUGAAGCCGUGCUAACUUAACUGGUCUCCUCUCUCCUGGUGCAAAAAAAAAAACAAAAAUCAAAAACAAAAACAAAAAAAGUAACAUUGCAGAUGCAAGCUUGUGGAGUGGUUCUCGUUUCUCUUCCGUUCCUUGAGUUCCUUCUUGGUGAAAUUUACAGCAAGCGGUAUAUAAGAUGGGCCAUUUGAUGUAAGAAAAAACAAAUAAUUUUUAUAAAUGUGGAAAUAAAAGUCUUUGAUUUAA